UUUUCUUCUCCGGUCAAUCAAUCCUUUUUUGGUUUAUAUAAUACCCAUUAUUUUCUCCAUCUCUUGAAUAUUCUCUCAGCUAUAAAUACGCACAUCUUUACCGUGUAGUUCUUUUCCAACCUUUUUGUGAUCUCGGGAAAGUGAAGAUGGACCUAGAUGAUGCACCAUUAAUUGUUGAUGAUGAUUUUGUAUCUGGAGAGUCGCAACUUGUCUUCACAGAGAUGGGAGAGUUUGUCACUGGCGUUCACUUUGAUAAACUAUACGAACGAAAACCUAGUGUUGAUGUGCCGAAAAAUCGGUCAGUUUACGAAGAGGAACCCUUCGUAAAAGAGGAGAAAUCGGUAGCAACUGUCGAUAAGACGAUACGUGAAGUUCCAAUAGGGAAAGGUUUGUCGGAGGCACUCAAGUUCUUGAGAGAACGAGUUACACUCAAGGAGGAGGAUAUUGAAUUGGCUGGUCGAAACAAUGACAAGAGGGAAAGCAAGCUAGUAGGUCUUCGUAGUGAUGAGAAAGGCGAAAAAGAAAUAAACAUUGACAGGACCGAUGAGUAUGGAGAAAGCUAACUCCGAAAGGAGUCUUUUCGGUUAUUUUCACAUCAAUUUCAUGGGAAGAGGCCUGGAAAGAAGAAACAGGAAAAACGUAUGCGGCAACACCAGGAGGAACUGAAGAUGAAAAAUGCAGGCCAAAUUAGUGAUUCUAGAAGUGGUUUCGCUACGACUGACAAGUGCAUGCUUGGUGACAAGAAAGUUGGACAUUUUUCGGGCAUUAAACGCAAGUUUGAUUCAGGAAAAUAUUCGCUCUGCCUUAAAUUCCGUAAUAUUUAGUUGAAUGUCUCAAGGCACUAAGAAUGCAGAAGACGAAGAGGAUCUCCUAGGAGUUAGCUGGCUUAUGUCCUUCUAUACAGGUACAUAGCAUGGCUGUCUUAUGUGUUUGUCUUUGUUUAACGAAUGAUGUCCAAUUGACUUGUGAUUUCAAAUCGUGGAAUUCCUUGAUUUUUUCCCUCUGCGAUCUCAUUCAAUGCACCAUCUGUAUGAAUUGCACAUCAAAGUUUCAUUGGAAAAACUUUCCUUUUGGGUUUACGCGGUGACCAGAUUUCAUCCUGUUAGUUUGAGUGGAGAAGAAAGUCAUUACUUCUAUUUGUAUUUUCAAUAACAAACAGCAGCACGUCAUCUGUGCUAUUAAAUGAAGUUCUAUCCAAGUUCAAUAAGUGUAGUCCCAUCCUAUCUCAUCAUCAGCCCUUCAGUGUUCCCAUAUUUUUAUCGUAUCUUAAUUUAUCUAUCGUCGUUCAAAGUUACAUAAACACACAUCUUACUCAAGUGAAAGAUCAGUCACGACAGGAGGAUAAAAAAUCUUGCACAAGAUGAAGGUCAGUGAUCUGAACAAUUUUGUUACUUGUUUUGACUGCUAAAGCUGUGUUUUAGAUAUCUAAUCGCAUCGCUGAAUGAUGCAGGGCAUACAUGUCAAGUUUGUGUAUGUAUUUGACUGGAAAAGGCUCAUGUUGUGUUAAUCUCAAUGUCUUGUUUCGUGGUUGAUUGAGUUCUUGUUGAAUUUACAAGAAUCAUACAGUGGAAGAAAUUUGAAUAUCUUGAUGUGGUUUUAGAUUAUAGCAGCAAAUCUGUACUAAAAGUGAUGUCAUCAAGUGGUGUAGGCGCUACUACCGUCUGCGAGCAAUCUGAGUCUUGAAUGUUAGCUCUAAUGGGCGUGUGCAGUGUAUUUAAAAUCAUUCGACAUUGUAUAAUUCACGCUGAGGUGAACUGCAAAUGCCUGUAUUGAUUUUGAUUAUGUUCUUGGAGAAUAAUCAUAUUUAGUUAGGAACAUUUGUGAAAUUAGCUUAUACUGAAACUUCUGAGAUUGCCUAUGAUCAUAUUUAGUUAUGGAAAAUUGGUCAGAUACUUGCAACAGAAUUUCAGUCUGUCCGUUACAUUUUUUGUAGCUUCAAACUUCUUUUAAUUGGAUUUACUUUUGCUU